GAGGAGUGGCAUCCGCCGCAGGAGUGGCAUCCGCCGCAUGGGCCGCAGGUGGAGUGGUGUCCGCCGCAGGAGUGGCAUCCGCAUGGGCCGCACCAGGAGGAGUGGCAUCCGCAUGGGCCGCACCAGGUGGAGGGGGAUGGCGCCGGCAGCUCCGGGUGGAAG